AUGAACUCCCAACAACCACCGCCCCCACAGAACGACUAUCUCAAGCACUACCACCACCCAUUACCAGAGCAGCAGCCCAGCUGGACCCACCAUCGACACAGACACCACCACUCGCUAGACUCCCCACUGCCAAACCACUAUCUCUUCAGCCAGCCGCAACCAAGCCCAAGCCCAACGGCCACCAACACCACCAAACGAUCACUCUCACUCUCCAGCCAGUCUGCCCACCAACUCUCCCAGCCGAGCCAGAAACAUCCCCCGUCAAAAUCUAAACCCAAACCCCCCCUCGUCUCUGCCGUCCCGGCCUCGAUCAUCAAGAGGGACAAGCCCGGCCUGCUCAGCCAGGAACAGAAGAGAGCAAACCACAUCGCCAGCGAACAAAAAAGGAGAGCCGCGAUCCGACAGGGAUACAGUAGAUUAUGUCUGAUAGUCCCUGCAUUGAGAGGGCCCAUCGGACCAGGAGCGGGGUCGGCGAUCAUCGAAGCCGGCGAUGGUCCCCACGAACAACAACCGGCGGUCUCGAGGGACGACUCGCCGGUCGACGACGAGCUUCCCCACGACCAUCCUUCCUCCCAGAACAACAAUCACCACCUUGAAGACCCGACAAGCUCUGGCGCGUUCAAGCGUAAGCGGAAUAAGCCCCUGGAAGUCAAUCGAUCCGGCGCCAGAUCCGAGGCAGUCGUCCUCGCCAAAACUGUCGAAUAUCUCAGAGAGCUGGAGGCCGAGCGGAAGCUGUUUAUCGAGAAGCUGGCGCGCCUGAAAUCGAUUGCCCGAGCCAAAGGAAUCCCGAUCCAGACUACCAACAGCAAUACCCACAUCGUCAGCAAAAGUCAAGCAGAGAUGGACACAGACGAAGAGCGAUACCGACGCGGAGAAGAAUUCGAGGAGGAAGCGCCGCCGAUAUGGGAGCGUAAAUGGAGCGGGUCGAUCGACGCGAUCGAUCGCCAGCUAAAGGCCUCCAUCGCCGAUCGUAACUCCCUUAACCUGAACCUGCUCCUCGCGCCUCCGCACCUCCAAGCCCCUCCGAUCCCCUUCGAUCUCACGUCUAUCCAUCACGACCAGCUUCCUCUCCAUCACCACCUCAGUCAUAAUAUCAAUCACCAGCUCCACCAGCAGCAGGACUAUCAUCAUCAUCUUCAUCAGAAUCCGCUCAUCGAAUCUUGA